CCUCCUCUCCGCCUCUACCCCUCCUGCCCCUGGUGCGGAUCGUUUCGCAACUGCUCGCCUCUCGCCCCGUGCCCGGCUGAUUUUUCCAUUUCCCGGCCCCCUCUUCUUAAGUACUUUGCACUCCGCCUUUGGGGAGAGGGGCUAGAAAGGGAGCGGGUGGAGCGUCCAGAAGAGAAGGAAGCGAGGCCCGCAGGAGGAGGCGUCUCGGCGGACCGUGGGGAGGAGACCCCACGCCACCCUUUCUGGUCAUCUUGCCUCCCGCCCCGCCCCUGCUCACACUCCCUCGCGGGCGAGCUACUUUCGGACGAGGAAAGUGAGGGCGGCCCUAGGUGACAGCGCCGCGGGGCCAGUCCCGGGGAAGCCGCGCGUCUGCUCGCGUCUCGUCCGUCGCGCUCCGAGCUAGGGCACAGUCCAGACCAAGGAUGGCUUCGACCACAACCUGCACCAGGUUCACGGACGAGUAUCAGCUUUUCGAGGAGCUUGGAAAGGGGGCAUUCUCAGUGGUGAGAAGAUGUAUGAAAAUCCCUACUGGACAAGAAUAUGCUGCCAAAAUUAUCAACACCAAAAAGCUUUCUGCUAGGGAUCAUCAGAAACUGGAAAGGGAAGCUAGAAUCUGCCGUCUUUUGAAGCACCCCAAUAUUGUGCGACUUCAUGACAGCAUAUCGGAAGAGAGCUUCCAUUACUUGGUGUUUGAUUUAGUUACUGGAGGUGAACUGUUUGAAGACAUAGUGGCAAGAGAAUAUUACAGCGAAGCCGAUGCCAGUCAUUGUAUACAGCAGAUUCUAGAAAGUGUAAAUCAUUGUCACCUAAAUGGCAUAGUUCACAGGGACCUGAAGCCUGAGAAUUUGCUUUUAGCUAGCAAAUCCAAGGGAGCAGCUGUGAAACUGGCAGACUUUGGCUUAGCCAUAGAAGUUCAAGGAGACCAACAGGCAUGGUUUGGUUUUGCUGGCACACCUGGAUAUCUUUCUCCAGAAGUUUUACGUAAAGAUCCUUAUGGAAAGCCAGUGGAUAUGUGGGCAUGUGGUGUCAUUCUCUAUAUUCUACUGGUGGGGUAUCCACCCUUCUGGGAUGAAGACCAACACAGACUCUAUCAGCAGAUCAAGGCUGGAGCUUAUGAUUUUCCAUCACCAGAAUGGGACACAGUGACUCCUGAAGCCAAAGACCUCAUCAAUAAAAUGCUUACUAUCAACCCUGCCAAGCGUAUCACAGCGUCAGAGGCACUGAAACACCCCUGGAUCUGUCAACGUUCCACUGUUGCUUCUAUGAUGCACAGACAGGAGACUGUAGACUGCUUGAAGAAAUUUAAUGCUAGAAGAAAAUUAAAGGGUGCCAUCUUGACAACUAUGCUGGCUACGAGGAAUUUUUCAGCAGCGAAGAGUUUGUUAAAGAAACCAGAUGGAGUAAAGAAAAGGAAGUCCAGUUCGAGUGUUCAGAUGAUGAUAAACAACAAAGCCAACGUGGUAACCAGCCCCAAAGAAAAUAUUCCUACCCCGGCGCUGGAGCCCCAAACUACUGUAAUCCACAACCCUGAUGGAAACAAGGAGUCAACCGAGAGCUCAAAUACAACAAUAGAGGAUGAAGAUGUAAAAGCACGAAAGCAAGAGAUUAUCAAAGUCACUGAACAAUUAAUCGAAGCUAUCAACAAUGGGGACUUUGAAGCUUACACAAAAAUCUGUGACCCAGGCCUUACUGCUUUUGAACCUGAAGCUCUGGGUAAUUUAGUGGAAGGGAUGGACUUUCACCGAUUCUACUUUGAAAAUGCUUUAAAAAGCAAUAAACCAAUCCACACCAUCAUCUUGAACCCUCAUGUACAUCUGGUAGGGGACGAUGCUGCCUGCAUAGCGUACAUUAGGCUCACACAGUACAUGGAUGGCAGUGGAAUGCCAAAGACAAUGCAGUCAGAGGAGACCCGUGUGUGGCACCGCCGGGAUGGAAAGUGGCAGAAUGUUCAUUUUCAUCGCUCUGGGUCACCAACAGUACCCAUCAAGUAAAUAUUUCCAGGCUGUCAACUUCUUUGUUAAUAUACCCAUGCUAACUAUCGACAGUGCCACUUCUGCAUCCUCUGUUCUCAAGGCACCUGGAUGGUAACCCUGGGCCGUCCUCUUCUCUUCAUGCAUGUUUCUGAGUGCAUGAAGUUGUGAAGGUCCUACAUGUAAUGCAUAUGUGAUGCAUCAUCUUAUCAUAUAUUCCUUCCUAUACAUUGUUUACACUUCAACUACAGGGAUGUUCCAUGCAAACUUCAAUUGUUGUUGGCAAACAAUAGGGGGCGGUCAGACAAAAAAAAUUCCACAAUAAUCCAAGUACAACCUAUACAUCUGUUUAUGCCAAGAUUUAACAAACUUAAAAAUUAUUGUUCUCUGGAUGAUGGUUUGUAAGAGAAAUGUAAAUUUUUUAGAACUCUUUGCUGUCAAUCAGUUUUGGCUUUUUUUUUUUUUUUCCCUUAAAAAGCAAAAAAGUAUACCUUCAGUUUCCUUGUGUAAUCCUGGUUGAAAUGAAUGUUUUCAUGGAAAGCUUUGUUGUUUAAAAAUUGAAGUUGGUUGAUAUGUGGGCAAAAUCACUUAUGAACGUAAAAGCAAGAACAGUUCUUUUGCUACCAUCUAAAGCCAUGUUUUUGGUCAAACUGUGUCAACUGGAAAAAGUCACAUUAUUAUUUAUGAGUUUGAUUGCUUUAGGAUAUACUCACAUUGUUCUGGUGAAUUUGCUGAAUUGGAUUUUUUUUUUUCCUCUCUCAAAUCUAUGCUCUGUUUUCUUCAUUUUAUCCUAUUUCUUGUUCCUU